CGCUUCCUGCUCUACAGCUCUAUCCCAUGGCAAGCAAGCAGAUCUCAACAAUCUUAAUGCAAGCAAAGAACAGAGCCAAAGCCAGGAUCCCUCUUCCAGAGGGUUCAUUUAUUCCAGCAAAGCAAGCUACAGAUGCAGAAUUAGGUAAUGGAAAGUCAAGACCCAUAUUCAACCCUGCUUUUAAACAGGACUCUGCUGACUCCAAGCAUCCUCUCAUCAUAAAAAUUCUGGAUUCAGUUCAAGGAAGUCCAGCUUCAAAUGUUCCAGUUAAGUUAUACAAAGAAGGUUCAGAUGGAUCUUGGGACCUGCUAAAUACAAUACAAACCAAUGCCAAUGGAGAGCUUCGUGACCUCAUAACUAAAGAAAAAUUUGUAGCAGGGAUAUACAAGAUUGAGCUUGACACUGCCACUUACUGGAAGCGAAUGGGCUUGAAUCCCUUCCAUCACCAUGCUGAUGUGGUCUUCCCAGCUAAUGAUGCUGGUUUUCGACAUUACACCAUUGCUGUUCUUCUCAGUCCCUUUUCAUACACAACUACAGCAGUAGUUACCGAGCCAGUGGAAUAGAAGCUGACAUUAAGCACGAAAUUUUAAUGUGUAAAUUAAAAUUUCCAUAAAUGAUAAGAACUUACAUUCUGACCAUAAAAACAGCUUUAGAUUUCAUAGUAAACCACUAACAAGAAAAACUGUUUAUUCACUUUGUUAACUUUAGGAAGAAUGUGUAUUGGCUUUGUUUUCAAAUACUCAUCAGAAUAAAAGUAUUCUCUAGCAGUGCUCUUCUGAAUAAAAGUUUAAAGUUUGAAAAAAUGUGUUCAGCUUAGGAAAAAAAUGCACUGGGACUCCAUUACUGGUAUUCUGAUAAAAAGCCAAAGUAUUCCAUGAAGUUAAUAAACUGCACUUCUUGUUGCAAAGGAAACAAACCAAAACAAAUCUGAGAAGUGUCUCAUGAAAAGUAAGCACACCGAAGAUGCAAUCCCCUGCGUGUAUCACCUCUAUUUUAUUACUGAAGCCCACAACAGAUGAAGUCACACGGGAUGACUACCCAGGGCCCAACAAAACCAUCAGAUAAACUCAUCUCCCAGUUCUGAUUUUUAAGAUAGAGGGAAAAAAGUGGCUUAAAAGCAACAGAAAAGCAGAGCAGUUUUUAAGGAUGCUACAAGUAUUUAAGAUGUCUCCUUUCCCGCUCUCCAAUAUAUUGUAAUUGGUGACACUGUUGAGGAGAGCCCAUAUUCAGUGUUGUAGAAAAGUAUAUCCAAACAUACUUGAAGUUUGAGUAUUUUCAUAAAAUUCUGCAAGUAUCUUUGUCCCCACACUUGAAGUACUCCGAAAAUUGCCUGCACCAUUACUCUAAACAUUGAACACUUUGGUAAUAGCUGGAUAUGGAUAACUACUGUUUUCUGAGGUCCCUAUCUAAUGUCAAGAGAAAUAUAAAAGAAUCCUUCCAGUUCCCAUUCUUGUAAUCCACAUAUAAGGAAUAUUAUUGCUAAAUAGGUAUUAAGUAUAGAAAAGAGCCAUUAGGAGAUUUAAUAUAAUAGAAACCCUAGCUUGAAAAAGUACAAACAAAUGUUGAGUCAUUUAGCCUAAUAAAACCAAAAGCUGAAAGCAUAAAAAUACCAAAAAAGGGAAAGCUAUUUGUUAAUUUAAGGCUUGAUCCUAUCAAAGCCUAACCUGAUGUACUUUCUGGCCAGGUGUGCCUUUUGUUGUUACUUUGAGGAAGCACUGAGCAUUAGAAAAACAAGCACUUUGUCUAUAAACAAAAUACAAAAAAAGAUAUUUUUCCAGAGAACCUCAGAAUAAAGAAGCCAACACAAUCUUUAGAACAUUGUAUUUCAUAAAAGACAAUGAUAAAAAAGUACAAACAUUUUCAUGAACAAAAAACCCCAAAACUGUGACAGUACACAAGAAAUUCCCAGGAUUUGUUUCAGUGCAUUUUUCCUUAAGCCUAACUUACAUACCUCUAUAAAUAAAAUCAUCUUAAGUACA